AUGCCGGGGCGCGGCGCGCUCUGCCUGGGCCUGCUGCUGCACGUCUUACUGGGCUGUCGCUCGGCGCAGCAGCCCGGCAGCUGCCCGGCCCCCUGCGAGUGCUCCGAGGCGGACAAGACGGUGAAGUGCGUGAACGGGAACCUGACGGCGGUGCCGCCCGACCUGCCGUCUUACGUGCGCAGCCUCUUCAUCACCGGCAACUACUUGGACCGGUUGCCGGCCGGCGCCUUCCCCGCCCGGCGCCUGCCCGACCUCUGCGCCCUCAACCUCAGCGGGAACCACCUGCAGGCCGUGGAAGCCGAUGCCCUGGCGGCCCUGCCCGCCCUGCGGCAGCUGGACCUCAGCGGCAACCCCCUGGCCUCCCUCAGCCCGCAGGCCUUCGGGGAGGGCGGCAGCCCGCUGGAGGAGCUGGCCCUCCGCGGGGCCCUGCGCAACCGCAGCGUCCUCUUCAGCCUGGCCACCAUGCUGCAGUCCGGGGCUGUGCACAACCUCAGCCGCCUGGAGCUGGCCGACAACGGGCUGCUGCUGCUGCCCGCCGGCAUGUUCUCAGCCCUGCCCGCCCUGCGGCAGCUAGACCUGAGCAACAACUCCCUGGUGGGCUUGAGAAACGUCUCCUUCCAGGGGCUGGGCCAGCUGCAGAGCCUCGACCUCAGCAACAACUCCCUGAGCGUGCUAAGGAAUGACACGCUGGCCCAGUUCCGUGGCCUGCCCGCCCUCCGGCGCAUCAGCCUGAGCCGCAACACCUGGGUCUGCGACUGCGCCAUCGAGGACCUGGUGGCCUGGCUCAAGGAGAGCGACCAAGUAGAGGGCAAAGAAGCCCUGACGUGCUCCUACCCUGAUAAGAUGCUGGGCAAAGCCCUGCUGAAGAUCAACAGCUUGGACCUGAACUGCUCUGUGCCCAUAGACCUGCCUUCCCAGCUACAGACUUCGUACGUCUUUCUAGGGAUAGUAUUGGCUCUCAUCGGAGCCAUUUUCCUCCUGGUUUUGUACUUGAACCGAAAAGGGAUCAAAAAGUGGAUGCACAACAUCAGAGAUGCCUGUAGGGAUCACAUGGAGGGCUACCACUACAGAUAUGAGAUCAAUGCAGACCCCAGGUUAACAAACCUCAGCUCCAACUCGGAUGUCUGACGAAGCGCUGCGGGGCAGCGUGCAGUAGCUGUGCAUGAAAAGUAGACUUAAGCUUCACCCUCGUGCUUGCGUCCCUUUCCCUGAGAAAUCUCGGGCAUGCUUGUAACAUCAGGGGGGAUGUGCCUCCCUCCCUCUGACAAGGUUCAAUUUUCUUUUGAGAACCUGGGCAGCUGCGCAUGGCGUUGGGCUGUAUGUAGGAAACAAGCUGCUACUUCUUUUCCUUCUUUCCUGUCUGUACUUGCUGGAAUAUUUUUUUUUAAGCUAUUAAAAGAGAAAAAAAAAAAAAAAAAGAAUCUCUCUGGUGCUUCAAAGCCACCAGAGAUUAUAAAAAAUUCACUGAUGCAGACACCAUUCAACAAAAACUGCCUCAACUUUUUAGGAAAAAAAAAAAGGUUAUGUUCUUCUGUGCCAGUUUUGAUCUUGUAUAUCUGAAUUAUGAUUACAACAAUUCCGUUUCACAGACUUCCCUUGAGAUUUUAAAAAACAAAGAGACUCCUUUUAAUGACUCCUCUGGUACAAAGCAAGAAAUCAAGUAGUGAGCAUGCACAAAAUACUUUAUAGUUUUACAUGUUGGGAAACUUAGGAUCUCAGUAAGUCCCUUACUAUUUUGUAAAGUUUUGAUUGUAGUUUACCUGAAAAGAGAUAUUUUUUUUUUAUACAAACUGCAUCUAAACUCCAUCUGAGCUGUUAAAUUCAAUAAACAGUCUUACAAGAACUGUUGUGUUGAAGUUUGCUGUUCAGUGAGAAAUAUAUGGACAUCUAAGAGUGUGGUUAGCUUUAUAGGCUCUGAAGUAGUAGCCCUGCAGUAGUAAUCUGAAUAAAAUUUUAUAGAACUGUGUAGCUUAGAGGAAUGAAUGUUUGACAUUUUUGUGAAAUAUGCCAGGAGAAUUGCAGCAACCAACAAGCUGUUUCAUUUGGCACUAAACCCCCAAGUCUGCUCUCAAAACAACUGCAAAGUGUCAGGACAGAGGCUGGGGUGCACCUUGAUGGGAAGGUACGAACUGGUAGAAUUUUCAUAAGGUCUUCUCUACCAAAUUAAAAAAAAAUAAUUCAAAUUACGUUGUGCAUUAUUUCAGCUUAAGGAAAUUUUAUCUGAAUUGGAUUGUUUAUUAUAUAAAAAAAAAAUUUCGUGUCCUGAACUAAAUUAAAUGUAGCUCAGUUGUGUGGUGAGUGAGCUUCAGGCUUGUAAAUGAAUGCAGCACUUAAUUUAUUAACUGCUUCUUAACUCAUUGUAGACUCUCAGUACUAGUGAGUUUCUAUAUUAUCCACAUCAAGUAAUUUGAUGGAACUUUACACUUAACCUUAAAGCUUUUAACAGGUGCAUUUCAAUAUUGUAUGUUACUCAUGCUGAUUACUUGCUUGGGAAUGCAUUUUUUUGUAAAUAGAUAAAAAGCAUGUGAAGAAAAACUUCAAAAAUGCAUAAUUUAAUAUGCAACUCUGGUGACAGAUGAAAAGGUUAGCAAGAACCUUCCAAUGGUCACCAAUAAUAAAUGCACUUUUUCCAAUCCAUUCAUAGAUUCUUAAUGGAAAGAAUACACCAACUGUGAAAGUGUGAUGUGAAUUGGUAUCUAUCAGCAUAUCUGUGGAGCUUUUUCUAAUGUCACUAUUCCUUGAAGCUCUUGAACGUCUCUAAAGUGUUAUGAAUUACUGGCUAAAAUCUCUUUGCUUUCAAAAGUGACAGUUUUCUCAUAUAUAUGCGCCUUUGGUAAGAGCUCAUAAAUAUAUAAUAGUCCCUAAAGUAUCAGGAGAAAUAUAAUCUGGUUUGGGCAUCAGUAUUAUUCAAAUGUAUUUUUCUCUCCUUGCAACUUCAGACAAAGCAAGUAGCACAAGUUGGCUCAGACUAAUUUUCUAUUGCUUAAAAUUGCUGUUAAAUUUAUUUAAUAGCAGGGAUUUUUUGUAGUGUAGUUUUGUAUGUUUGCUCUCAGAAGUAAAAAAUAAAUUAAUAUUAAGUACAAAUAAGGUUUUGAUAAAGACCUUACAAUUAGUGUAAUAAAUGAUAGCCUAUUUCUCCUGCUGUAAUUAAAUAUAUGAGCAAUAUCUGGUAAACAGGUAUGAAGUUUGUGGAUUCCUAAAAAGCAGACUGCUGGUCUGAAUGUUAGCUGCCCAUUAUUUUAAGAACAGUGUAAAAACCUCAGUGUGAAUAACUGUUACUGUGCAACUAUGCAAACCAUUCAUACUUGGCAUACAUAAGAUAGUUUACCUAAGCAGCUAGAAUUCACAAGAGCUAUGCAGUGUGCUUUGCUGUAUUGAUCAUUUCAGAGAUGAUCAACUUAAACUUACUUGUACAGUGCCAAGAGUAGCAGAGCGUCAUCCUUGCUUAAGAUGCUCCUGUAAUAUAAUAGAGAAAAUAGAUUCAAACCAGGACAUUUCUUGGGCAAUUUCUUGGGUUUUGUAAACAGACACUUUAAAGUAACUACAGUAAAAACAGUUAUCCGUGAUGUGUUAAUGUAACAGCUAUGCAUUUAUGGAGCUGUGUAAGGACAGGCAAUGACUUUAUUUGCAGUCUCUCACCCAUCGACUGAGUAUUUGUAUAGUGAGUAACUGUUGUAUUA